UGUAAUUAGUUUCUUAGUUGUUAUAGGUUAGAAAUGAGUAUUCCAUCGAUAACAUUGGAAAAUUUUCGUGGAAGAUCGAAGAGGAAAACUUUAAUAUGUUGUUAACGAUUACCAAUUAUGAGAAGAAUGAAUAUUGUGGUACUUAAUUAGCAAGCUAACCUCUAACAAAUUCAACGACAUUCUUUUACAAUACACCGAAAGAGACAAUGCAAUCCUCACUACUUAACACGAAAUAGUAUGAAGGUGUAGUUUCCUUUCUUUGAAAAUUUACCUCCCUUGACCGACACCCUUUUUACUUUCAUCAUAAAGUUCAAUGAACUCCAAAAGAAUGAGACCAAAUCCAAAUCGUCAAACCCAAAUUACUCACUUUACACGGUAGUUUGCCAAUUCCGUUGUGGUUAGGGGUGUCAGUUCGGUUAUCGGUUAAUGGUUAACCGAUAAUCGAAGAACCGAAUUUCGGCCGGUUAUCGGAAGCUGGCCAAAAUGGUUUUGGGUCUUAAAAGUGGUUCGGUUAACCGAUAACCGAGGUAACCGAGAAACCGAAGCCUAUUUCGGUCGGUUUUCGGUAAGGGGGUGUUUAUUUCGGUUAACCGAUAACCGGCCAAUCGGUUACCGGUUAUAACCGAAAUAACCGAAUUGCCAGCCCUAGUUGUGGUCAUGUUUAUACAUACAAAUAAUUUGUCCUUAAAUACAAAAUUGACGUGGUGUCGCAAGAUUAACAACAUCGCCCGAAACAAACUGGCACGCCCGGCGAUGGAUAUUUGAUUUCGCAUGAAACAGGUCCUUACACCCUAGUUUGUUAGGGCCUCCUUGUAGAUGUGAUGUACUAUUCCAAAUGGAAAGCUAGGGAAACGUUCUACAAUUGUUUUGGUUAUGUCUUUACAUAUGAAUGUUGAGAUUCUAGAGCUCUUCAUGACUCAUGAGCCAUUUGGGAUGGGUUGUAGUGUUUGUUUCAUAUGUAUAAUCUAGUUUGCUACCACACAAGCAAAAUGUGCUUCCUUUGUGGCCAAACUAAGGAGAUACCUAGUUACUUGAUGCAAGCCAUUUUUAAGCCUUAUUCACCCAAAGACUCUUUUGUACCUUACUAGAAGACCUAUAUCCUCCAUCAUGCUACUUAAUUACCUUCUGAAUAAUCUAUAACCAGGUCGAAAUUCAAGCAUGAUUUUCGUUAAACUUGUUUUUCAGUCUCGUACAUGUGAGAUAUCCGUAAAAAAAAGUGUGUCGUUCAUAAAUUUUUCGAGAGCUGAUUUCGAGUGGAACUCUCUAUGUAUAAGCAUGAUUUCUUGGUUGAUUUGUGCUUGGUUUAAGAAUGGAUGUGAUUUGAUAUUGAGUAAUGAGUUAUAUCCUUCUUGAAGGUUGAUCUUUGGAAGGACUAAACUACCAAAUUCCACAUUGUCCAAUGGCUUAUUUGAAGAAUAGGUGGGCAAUGUUUUGGUCCACACAAAACGGGCCCGUUUCAGCAUACGAAGGUUUCUUGCGGGAGGGUUUAAAAAUUAAAACAAAAUAAAAACUCCCAUCUGUACCAAAAAAAUCAUAGAAAACCAGCAAAAAAACACUCCGAUUCGCUCCAUUCCAGUUCUAGGGUUGCUUUUCAUCGUCAAUCUACAGUCUAUCGGAGCUUCCAUCCGAUUCAGAAUGGACGCUAGUGCGAAUUUGGAGGCGGCCAUAGAGCGGCUGCAGAAUGCGGAGAAGCAGGCGAGGCUCGCCGGCGAGGUUACCGCCACGAGGCAGGCAGUCACCGAAAUUCUGGAGCUCUGCUUCCAGGCUAAGGACUGGAAGUCGUUGAACGACCAGAUUUUGAUCCUCUCUAAGAAGCGCGGUCAGCUCAAGCAGGCUGUAUCUGCAAUGGUGCAGCAAGCAAUGCAAUAUAUUGAUCAGACACCAGAUGUUGAAACCCGCAUAGAACUCAUUAAGACCCUGAACAAUGUAUCUGCUGGGAAGAUUUAUGUUGAAAUUGAGAGGGCACGCUUGGUAAAGAAACUAGCCAAGAUUAAGGAAGAACAAGGCCUUAUAGCCGAAGCUGCUGAUCUGAUGCAAGAAGUUGCAGUUGAAACAUUUGGUGCUAUGGCGAAGACUGAAAAGAUUGCCUUCAUACUUGAACAAGUUCGUUUAUGCUUAGACAGGCAAGAUUAUAUCCGUGCUCAAAUUCUGUCGAGGAAAAUCAGCACAAGGGUGUUUGAUGUCGAUACUUCUAAGACGAAGAAGAAGCCUAAGGAAGGUGAUAAUGUUGUUGAAGAGGCUCCUGCUGAUAUUCCAUCCCUGCUGGAGCUGAAGCGGAUCUACUAUGAAUUGAUGAUAAGGUAUUACUCCCAUAACAAUGAGUACCUCGAGAUCUGCCGCUGCUACAAGUCAAUAUAUGAGAUUCCUGCCGUGAAGGAAGAUCCAGCCCAGUGGACACAGGUCCUGAGGAAAAUCUGCUGGUACCUAGUUUUGGCACCACAUGAUCCGAUGCAGUCGAGUCUUCUCAAUUCCACCCUGGAAGACAAAAAUCUCUCUGAAAUUCCCCAGUUUAAGACGUUGUUGAAACAACUGGUCACGAUGGAGGUUGUUCAAUGGACGUCCCUAUGGGAUAGUUACAAGGAAGAGUUCGACAGCGAGAAGAAUUUGCUUGGAGGUUCUUUAGUGGAUAAAGCAGCUGAAGAUCUGAGGCAAAGAGUAAUUGAACAUAAUAUCCUGGUUGUCUCUAAAUAUUACUCGAGGAUUACCGUCAAGAGAUUGGCAGAGUUGUUGUGUCUCAGCAUUCCAGAAACGGAGAAGCACCUUUCGGAGAUGGUGGUGUCCAAGGCACUGAUAGCCAAGAUCGACAGGCCGAUGGGAGUCAUCAGCUUCCAAGUAGCGAAAGACAGCAACGACAUCCUCAACUCAUGGGCCGUGAACUUGGAGAAGCUGCUCGAUCUCGUCGAGAAGAGCUGCCAUCAAAUCCACAAAGAAACCAUGGUUCACAAAGCCGCCCUGAAAGUCUGACAAGAACAUUAAGCAACCCCCCGUGGUGAGAAUUUUCAGGUACACAUCCUCAACCCUGUUUUCCUUUUAUGCUAAUUUCACUCUUUAGCUUUAUGAUGAGAUGAAACCCAACUUGACGCCUUUAGCUUUCGCAGUUUGGCCAAGCCCGCAGCUCGCUCUCAGAAGAAUGUUCUUCCUUUCCUGACCAGGACGAUGAUUGAUUCAUGCAUGGCGGCCUGCUCAGUUCCCCCCUUCUUCCUGAAGUUUGAUUGCCUUUUGUGUUUCAGGGGAUGUGCUAGUGAGACAUUAGUCAGACAAAACUUGUAUACUUUUCCGGAUUCACGCACCUUAGUACGCAGUUUUAGAACUCAGCUGGCUAAUGGCACGACUCUGAUUAUUA